AUGGGCGCAGUCAGUUCCUGCUGCGCUGUGGAGGAUGCGGACGACCGGCAGGUGAUGAAGGAGCCGCAGCCAGCAGCAGCAGCAGCAGCAGCAGCAAAAGAGAAGCCGCACAGCGCGAAGCCCCGCAAAGAAAGCAGCAGCAAAGAACAAAGUGAACAAAAAAGCAAAGACAAAGAAAGAGAGAACAAAGAAGCAGCAAAAGAAGAAAAAAAACCCAAGAAGCAGCAGCAGCAGGAGCAGCCAGCAGUGGCUGUGAACCAGCCCGAAGUAGAAGACCUGCGGAAGCGGCUGCAGGGGGGAAUGGCAAUAAUUGUUUUGCUGCAAGACGGGACCAAACUUGCAUGCACUCUCCACUUAAACCCUUCCGACAAGUCCCUCAGCAUUUCCUGCGAAGACAAGGUGCGGGUGAUUCCGCUGAGCGACGUCAAGUCGCUGCUGCACACGCGGGAUCAGCUGAAGCGCGUGGAGACGAAGGCGAACUUGGUGGACGACGAGAACUGCGUGGCGCUGCACUUGAUAGAAUCUGGAAACUGCAUUCCAAUUCGUUUUGAAGCAGUAAAAGACAAACAUAUCUUCGUCGAAAUGAUGAAACAACUCAAAGAAGAAGCUGAAAAAAACAGAAACUGA